AUGCUGCUCCGCGGCCACAAAAGCCUCCGCUUCAUCCUUGGCCGAAAACUCUACGCCAGCUACGUCCACCGCAUCCAACUCAUGCGGGGACCCUCGGCCGCAAUGGCACUGGCGGCAUCGGCCACAGCGGGAACAGCGGAAGCAGCCGGAUCGGGCCCUCAUGCCGGAUCGGCGCUCGAGUUGUUGCGUGCUGGGUACCCUAACAGUUUUGACUACGCCAUGAUCUGCCACGGCGCCAUCUUUCUGCUCAAUUUGAAGAUCCAGCUAGUUGAGGAGUACCUUGAGCGCGGUCUGGUCAUGACCAACGACGCGUACUACAUCCUUCAGGUUUUAAAACACCAACUAACCGCUGUUGCCAAAGUGCAGCCUCACCUUUUUUAA